CAACAUCAGGCAACUUCAAUUCCUUGAUAUUUCUACUUCAUCCUCAGAGUUCUCCACGAAAGUCAGACACCAAUAUUUAGACCGAAUACCUCAUCCAAAUACCAAUAAAAUGCCUCUCGUCGUCCCAGGAAUCAACAACGACAUGCCCGGCGGGGACCAGGGCGACUGGUUGAACAAGCUUGCGGGGAAGAAGAUCACGACUGAGGCGGUUGGUGGUGUAGAUUCAUUCGCGAAACAAGACCUACCCCAGUCGCACCGGAUCUGCAAGCCCGGUGAUGCGAUGACAAUGGAUUAUAGAUCGGACCGAUUAAAUGUUCACGUCGAUGAGAACGGUACCGUGCGGGAUGUCAAUUAUGGUUAGGGAGAGGGUCUACGAUGCUCAGGCAGGCUGUUGGUUUCCCCUUCUUUAGUCGCAUUUGUAUGAAUAUUCUGCUUUGAUUGCUUGCUAUGACAUUUGAAGAACGAUGAUAGAGUUAUGAAUGGAAAUGAAUGCUUUUGUCUAAGCUCAAAAAGCAUUUCUAGCCCUAAACGGCAGUG